UACUUUCCCAAAGCAAGAACUGCAGAGAACAGAGACCAAGAAAUAGGCCUGAAAUAAUUUCCCUAGCAGUUUGCAGGUCGAAGCCCACAAGCUUUUGUGAAAACUUGCCCCAAAUUACAAGCUAAUGGUGCAAUGCCAUGAGGUAGGCCAGCCAAGAGGGGAAAGGAGGAAAGUUCAGGAGGAAGAAAAACACCAGGGGCAAUAUAUAGAUGGACUCUCUCCACAGCUACCACCACUCCAUCUCAUCUCAUCCUUCCCCAACCAUUCUCUUCUCCUUGAACACACCCCUCUCUUCCUCAUUAUAAUCUCUUCUUUGAUUAGAGAGGAAUUAGCAAACAUGCACAUAUACAAAGAGCAGGAGGCUGAACCAUCCACUGGCCUGAUGAUGCCAGAGCCAGCACCUGUUGCUUCCCCCGGCUCCGGUGGCUCAGGUGGCUCAGGCUCGGUGGGAGCUGAGAAGAUUGGGAGCAGGGGAAAGAUUGAGAUCAAGCGCAUCGAGAACACGACGAACCGUCAAGUGACCUUCUGCAAGCGCCGCAGCGGGCUACUCAAGAAGGCGUAUGAGCUCUCCGUGCUCUGCGAUGCCGAGGUCGCCCUCGUCGUCUUCUCCAGCCGUGGCCGCCUCUACGAGUACUCCAACAACAGCGUGAAGGAAACUAUUGAGAGGUACAAGAAAGCCAACAGUGACACCUCCAACGCCAGUACAGUUGCAGAGAUCAAUGCCCAGCACUACCAGCAGGAAGCUGCUAAGCUGAAGCAACAGAUCACCAACCUGCAGAACUCCAACAGGACCCUAGUAGGUGAUAAUAUCACCACCAUGAACCACAGAGAACUUAAGCAGCUGGAAGGCAGACUGGACAAAGGCCUAGGAAAGAUUAGAGCACGGAAGAACGAAUUGCUGUGUGCUGAAAUUGAGUAUAUGCAGAGAAGGGAAACGGAGCUGCAGAAUGACAACAUGUACUUAAAGAGCAAAGUUGCUGAGAGUGAAAGAGGACUGCAAACAGUGAACAUGAUGGGUUCAGCAUCUACGAGCGAGUACGUGCAAAAUAUGAUCCAUUAUGAUCCAAGAAACUUCCUGCAAUUCAACAUCAUGCAUCAGCCUCAGUAUUAUCCUGAACAGGAGGACCGAAAGGCCUUUAUGUCAGAUGAAAGAUAAAUAUGGAUCCGUAUCAUGCAACUAUCUCAAUCAUGCAUGUGCCUUCUUCAAGGAGACUGAUCAGUUAGAUAUUACACUGUGUCAGUAGAACUUUUAUGUGUGAACUCUUGUAUGCAUGAAUAAUUAACUUUAUCCCAUAAUUCAGGCUUGGCACUAUCAAGGUGAUGUACCUAAGUAUUGGUUCAACCUGUGAAAUUAAAAUACUUCAUACCCUUCCUAUGUUUAUAUAUGAAAUAUUGGUGAUAAUAUCUUGUGUA